UACAAAUAUAUGCAACAUAAUAUAAGAGGCUUUGUAUCCCUUCUUUCUUUUCCUCAAAAUUAAUAUUUCAAAGAUUAAUUUUUUUUCUCCAUGGAAACAUCUCAUCCACUUUCAAUUGAAAGUUUUUCUUAUAGUUGGUUAGUGAACAUUAAGCCAUCAUCAUCACUUGAUAAUUCUCAUAGAACUUCUUUUGAUACUUAUGAUGCAACUAAUUCCUUCAUUGAAAUGGAUCCAACAAUGCCACCAUCUAAAAGAUUCUUUACAAACUCACAAGAUUUCAAAUUUGACUUUCCAACUUCAUCACAAUCCCCUCCUCUCACUCUUGUUCAUGCUGACCAAAUAUUUUCCAAUGGUUACUUAAUGCCAUUUUUUGUUGAAUCAUCAUUUAACAUGGAACCAUAUGAUUCAUCAUCAAAAUCAAAUUCAAAUUUACCUUCUUCUUCAUUAUCACAUGUACCAAAAAAUGUGGUUCCUAUUGGAAAUUCUAAGUGCCCUUCAUUGAAAAGGUGUAGAACAUUGUCAAGGAGAAUAUUUUUGAAGUAUUUGAAUUUUUUAAAGCCUUUGUGUAGAAGAUUGAGGAGUCAAAAUUCAGGAUCAAAACAUGAAAAUGUUGUGAAAAGAACUCAAUCGGUGAAGAAUAGUAGAGGACAUUAUUGUCAAUCAUCUCCGAGAAUAAGUGUUGCUUAUUCCGCAGAUGAUUCACGCGUAUCUUGUGAUUCUGAUAUAUCGAUUUAUGAAGCUGUUCUUCAUUGCAAAAGAUCUAUUGAAAGAAUGAGUUGAGCAUGCAUAAACAUCGCAACCACAAUUUAGAAUUUGAUAUCAAAGAAUUUUGAUGUCUCUGCUCCCACAACAUGAGUAUGAUUAAGGUUGUAUCUAACUCAUUUAGUCACAACAAUCACAACAGGCGGCAAAUGUCUAAAAUCAGGAUGCAAUUUUCGUAAUUUUUUUUAAAUUGGGACUAUAAAUGCAAUUUAAAACUUUAUAUUGCACAUAUAAGAGAUAAAAGAGAUUUAUACAAGGCCACUAUGAUAUGUAAGAACAAUAGAGUAUCUACAAGUAAUAAGUAUAUGGAUUCAAGCUUUGCCAUCAAAUUUGGGAAAAGAAAAACUAUUGUACAAUUUUGUUUUGUUUAUGUUGUUCAUAUGGAAAGAAACAUUUUUACAACAUAUGAGAAUGAGCAUCUCAUUAUUAGUGAAGUUAUUCAAUUGAUUUUGGGAUUGUAAAUGUAUGCUAUAAUAGAUAUAAUUGAUGAAUCAUUAUGUAUA